AUGGAAUUUUGUUAUUCUGAGGAAAUCGACGCCUCACGCUAUGAGACACAUGACUUGGAUCAUGGCAUACCUCUGCGAAUGCACAAGGACUCAGCCAAGGAGAUCAAUGGAGCACUUCGAGCUCAGAAGGAUUGGACUCACUACGUACGUCCAGUUCAUGGGUACAAAGGCGGCCUGGCCGACCCGUACGGCUUCAUUAGCGUGACCAUUCCCGAAUGUCGCCCAGAAAGGCUUGAGGUUGUUUCGUAUGCGAAUGAGUUUGCGUUUCUCUAUGACGAUGACAUGGAAAUGCUUGAACUUAAAACACCGACAGAGAAUCUUGACAGGUUUCUUCAGCCGUUUGUAAACCCUACGCUCGACGUCGUUGCCCGAAGCCGCCCUGAGAAGAAACUUCAAACACAAAUAUUCUCGGAAAUGAUGGCCAUAGAUCAAAGGCGGGCUAUUACGACAAUGAAGGCAUGGGCAAGCUUUGUCCAGUUAGCAUCUCGGACGAGAAUGACGCCUUUUGAGACCUUGGAGGAAUACAUUCCAGCACGGGUCAUAGAUGCAGGUGAAUUGAUCUGGUUCGGAUCGUUAACUUUUGGCAUGGGCAUUACUAUCCCCGACGAAGAAUACGAUCUAUGCAUGAGCCUAGCGAGGCCAGGAUAUGCCGCCCUAGGCUUGACGAACGACCUUUACUCCUGGGAGAAAGAACGAAAAGCGGCACAGGAUAUGGGGCAGGACUACGUCUUCAAUGCAAUUUGGGUCAUCAUGAAACAGAGUGCUAUUGGGGAGGAAGAGGCGAAAGAAGUCUGCCGACGUGAGAUUAUGCAGAGCAUCUAUCAGUUCCGUGGCAUCGUGGCAAAGACGAGGGCCGACCUGAGUUUAUCUGGGGAUCUUCGCGUAUAUAUAGAGGCUGUCAUGUGGUCAUAUAUUGGAAACCUGGUUUGGAGCAUCUACUGUCCUCGAUACAAGUGA